UUGCUGUCCACCGAGCAUGCUAGAGGAGAAGUUCAGAGAAACUUACCAUGGGGGCAUCGCCGUCACAGCUCGAGGCGCCUUCCAGCUCUUCAGACGCCGGGAACGGCAACCAGGCCCAACCAAAGAAAGCAGCUCCUCACAUGUUCCAAGAGAUUGUUGCCGGGGAGAAAGCAACCACUGCAUCUACACUGGAAGAUCAGAUCUAUACUGGGAUCUUCUUGGCAGGGAAAACAAAGAAGUACUGGGUGGAUGGUGCAACUAUGUGUAACUGCUUCAUGCUGUAUCCCAGAGGUUUGUCCAUCACUUGGGGUGAAACCCCAACAUAUUGGACUUGGUACCCUCCGAAGGAUGGAAGCAACGAUGCUGACAAUCAGAUCGAGGUGGCGUCCCUGCUCAACGUCUGCUGGUUAGAGAUCCAUGGGAAGCUUGAACUGUCCUAUCUUACACCAGGAGUCACCUAUGAGGUGUUCUUUAAAGUGAUGCUUACGGAUAAAGCAUACGGGUGGUCUGUCCCAGUGAACCUCCGGCUUAAGCUCCCUGACGGAACAGUCCAGCAGCGCAAGGAGAAGCUGCAGGAGAAGAUCAGGGGGAAGUGGCUGAGGCUCAAGGUUGGGGAGGUGAAAACACAGCAGGGGCAGAAGGGACAGAUUGAGAUAUCCAUGUUUGAGUAUGAUGGUGGGCACUGGAAGAGCGGGCUACUCAUCAAGGGAAUAAAGAUUCUCCCAAAAGAAUGAUUUGCUACUCUUUUGUGAUCAUUGAUCACUAUCUAUGGUCUGUUGUGUAAAAUAAGAUCAACAGUGUGUUUCAGAAUAAUGUACCGAGUGCCACAAAAUUCAAGUGUUCUAAAUGAAAAUAUGCAUGUUCCAAAACUGUUGUUUGCACUAAAAAAAAUCCAAAUUGAAUAAUUUGCAUU